AUGCUGCGCAGCCAGGGCAUGCUGAAGAGCCGCUGUUGCGUCCUGCUCGGUGACCUGAGGGUGCUCCUGCUCGGGCCACCGGCACCGCCGACACCGCUGCCUCCGCUGACCCCCAUGAGCGGCCAAACUACGGAAAGCCAUGAGACAGGCGUCACCGUCCCCGACAACAACAACACGUUGACGCGGAGCCACCAGCACGCAGGGGACCGGACUGCCCUACCUGUGGCAGGAGCCACCGGGCCACCGGGCGGAGAGCGACCGGUGGCGGGCUGGGUCGAUGCUGCAGAGCUGUCGGCGGCCCUGCGCGGCUGCAGCAGCUCCUCUGAUGACUGCUCAAAGGGCAAACUGGAGGAGAGAUUCUCCCUCACCAGCUACACGGAAAGUGGCUUCAGGACGCCUGUGUGCAGGAUCUGCUUCCAGGGACCAGAACAUGGGGAGCUCCUGAGCCCAUGUCGGUGCAGUGGGUCGGUACGCUGCACCCACCAGCCCUGCCUGAUCAAAUGGAUCAGUGAGAGAGGGUCCUGGGCCUGUGAGCUCUGCUACUACAAAUAUCAGGUCAUUGCCAUCAGUACCAAGAACCCACUACAGUGGCAGGCCAUCUCCCUGACAGUGAUAGAGAAAGUGCAGAUAGCAGCAGCCAUCUUGGGCUCCCUGUUCCUGAUGGCCAGUAUCUCCUGGCUGGUGUGGUCGUCUUUCAGCCCGUCGGCCCGCUGGCAGCGACAAGAUCUGCUUUUCCAGAUCUGCUACGGCAUGUACGGCUUCAUGGAUGUCGUCUGCAUCGCACUAAUUGUCCACGAGGGACCUUCUGUGUUUCGUAUCUUCCACCGCUGGCAGGCCGUGAACCAGCAGUGGAAGGUCCUGAACUACAAUAAGUCUAUGGACAGUGAUGACCUGAAGGAUGCCACUGUGGACAGGACUCUGUCUCAGCCCAGCCAGGGCUAUCAGACUGGGAUAGGAGUGUCCACCUCCACCUCCUCGCUGAUGGUGGUAGCCUCCACAGCUGCCGGCUCCACUUCUACAACUGUGGUGACGGCCGCUGGAGGAUUGGGAACACAUGUGGACCCCAACAGCGGCAGCGCAGUGCCAGACCAACACUGUCCCUACAACAUCCUCCACCUCCUCAGCCACCUGAGGCAGCCAGAGACCCGCAGCCAACCCAGCAAUAGCACACGAGAGCUGGUCAUGCGAGUCACUACAGUCUGA